AUGCUAUAUAGUACAAUGAAAAGCAUACGAGCACAAACUGCAAUACAAGAGAAGCCACAGCCUCAGCUGAAAGUAUCAACUCAAACCCAAUCUAAAAAGCAUGAUGAAAUUUUGAAAAACUAUGAAGCAAUCAUAGGCAUAGAAACCCACGUGCAGCUUUCCACUCUAACCAAGGCCUUUUGUAGCUGUCCGUACAAUUAUGGAGCUCAACCAAACACAAGUAUUUGCCCAGUGUGCAUGGGUUUGCCUGGGGCACUGCCAGUUCUGAAUACGAAGGUUGAUUUGAAUCGGGCAGGAGUGCCUUUGCUUGAGAUUGUCUCAGAACCUGAUAUGAGAACCGGUAUUGAAGCAGCUGAAUAUGCUGCAGAAUUGCAGAGGUUAGUUAGAUAUUUGGGAGUAAGUAAUGGAAAUAUGCAGGAAGGAUCACUUCGUUGUGAUGUCAAUAUCUCCAUUCGUCCAAUCGGGCAGUUAGAGUUUGGUACUAAGGUAGAAAUAAAGAACUUGAAUUCGUUUUCAUCAAUGAGUAGGGCUAUCGAUUUUGAGAUAUCAAGACAGGUACUUCUCUAUAGUCAAGGUCAGGCUGAUCAAAUUGUACAAGAAACCCGUCUCUGGGAAGAAGGUGCUCAGAAAACAGUCACAAUGAGGAAGAAGGAAGGACUUGCUGACUAUCGCUACUUUCCGGAGCCUGAUCUUCCAGGAGUUACGCUCACUGAGGAAUAUGUUGAUGGGGUCCAUAAUUCCUUACCUGAACUUCCGGAAAUGAAGCGUCGAAGAUAUGAAAGAAUGGGUCUAAACAUGCAGGAUGUUCUCUUUCUUACCAAUGACAUCAAUGUUGCAGAAUUUUUUGAUGCAACUAUUGCAGAAGGUGCUGAUUUAAAGCUGGCUGCCAAUUGGAUAAUGGGAGAUAUUGCUGCCUACAUGAAAAAUGAGAAGUUGUCUAUUAGUGAAAUUAAACUUAACUCACACGAAUUGGUUGAGCUUAUAUCUUCAAUUAAAGGUGGGACCAUAAGUGGUAAAAUUGGCAAAGAGAUAUUGUUCGAGCUAAUGGCAAAGGGUGGAACUGUUAAAGGACUGAUAAAAGAGAAGAAUUUGGUUCAGAUUGCAGACCCUGUUGAGAUUGAGAAAAUGGUGGAUAAAGUCCUUGCAGAUAAUCCAAAGCAGUUGGAGCAAUAUCGAGGGGGUAAAACUAAGCUGCAAGGUUAUUUUGCUGGCCAGGUAAUGAAAGAAUCAAAAGGCAAGGCUAAUCCUGCACUUUUGAACAAGAUCCUUAUGGAGAAAUUAAGUGCCAAAAGCUGA